ACAAAACAUACCUCCAAUGGCGUCGUCUUCUUCUGCAUCAUUCGUUAAGAAGAGCUAUCAGUAUGAUGUUUUUUUGAGUUUCAGUGGUGAAGACACUCGUAAAAACUUUGUGGAUCACCUUUAUGAUGCUCUUCAGCGACACAGCAUUCACACUUUCAAGGACGAUGAGAGACUUGAACAAGGAAAAAGCAUCAAUGAGCAACUUUUGAAAUCUAUUGAGGAGUCCAAGUUGUUCAUCAUAGUUUUCUCAAAGAAAUAUGCAUCUUCGUCUUGGUGCUUAAACGAACUUGUAAAGAUUAUGGAAUGCCAAAAGUUGAACGACCAGAUUGCUUACCCUGUUUUUUAUGAUGUGGAUCCUUCGGAGGUUCGCAAACAACAUGGGCCAGUUGGAGAAGCCCUUGCCAAACAUACCAAUAUAGAGAUGGGGAAAUGGAUAGAAGCUCUAAAAGAAGCAUCCAAUCUGUCCGGUUGGGAUUUAAGGAAAACUGCUGAUGGGCAUGAAGCUAAAGUCAUCAAGUUAAUAAUUGAGCGGAUCUCACUUGAGUUACGACCCAUUAAUGUGAACUUUGAUGAUAAAUUAAUAGGCAUGGAACCCCGGCUACAGGACCUUGAGAAGUCUUUAGAUAUCGCGUCGAACGAGGUUCGUAUGAUAGGGAUCAAGGGGAUGGGAGGUGCCGGUAAGACUACACUAGCCAGAGCUGUGUUUGAUAGAAUAUCAGUUCACUUUGAAGCGAAAAGCUUUGUUGAGAAUGUCAGGGAGGUUUCAAACGCGUCGUUGUACGGUUUGUUGUCAUUGCAAAGAAAGAUCCUUUCAGAUUUGCUAAAUGGUCAAGGAAACAAUGUAGGUAGUGUCCAUGACGGAAAAAACAUGUUGAAAACAAAGCUGCGUGGUAGAAAGGUUCUAGUGGUUUUAGACGAUGUGGAUCACAAAGAGCAGCUUGAGGCAUUAGCUGGUGAUCUUAAUUGGUUCAAGCAUGGAAGUAGAAUUAUCAUAACAACAAGAGACGAGCAAGUGUUGAUAGCACAUAGAGUGGAACGGAUUUGUGAUUCACGUUAUGAGGAGCUUGAGAAGUGGUCGAAGUUUGACCGAGAUAUGUGGGGGAAUGUGAACGUUCAAGUCAAAGCUGGUAGAAUAAUUCUCCUCAUUUAUGUGGCUAGCACCCAGGUUAGGGGUCGAUUAGAAGAAGAUAGGAAGCAGCGAUUUCAUGUGAAUCGCAAAGGAAGAAAGAAGACCGAGAGAGAGACCGACAUUGGCGAGAAGAACAAAGCCAUAACUGACCGGUGGCUUGAAAAUCAGACCGAAGAACUCUCGCCAGAAAGACCGUAG